GGAGGAAGGAGAGAGAAAUCUUCACGUAACGUAAUACAUACAAAAUCAACUCUUUGCCAUAAUCAUCGUAAUCAAUUUAUCCGCUUAUAGAACAAAUCCUAACGUAACCAAACCAUCAACUAACCGUUGCAACUUCCUUCCCUUGUUCCCAUUAAGGCCGUCGACGUUAAAUUCACCCACACCAGGAGGCGGAGGCGGAGGAGCUAAUUAUAAUUAACGCUAAUUCGUCAUUAAUGGGAGAAAGCAUUUGGAUUAGGGAACGUUCCUCGCCCUAUUCCCCGUUGCUUAUCCUAAUUACAAUCAGCUCCCUGUUGGCGUGUUGCGGCGCCAAUUUCCACCGGGAUGUUGACGUCACGUGGGGCCAUGAUCACGCCAACAUCUCCGACGAUGGCAGGCUCCUGACGCUGACCCUCGACCGUCUCUCCGGCGCCGGCUUCCAGUCCAAGAAGGCCUACCUCUUUGGGAAGUUCGACGUGGAAAUGAAGCUUCCCCCUGGAAAUACCGCCGGAAUCGUCACAACAUUCUACUUGACGACGGCAGAAAAACAUGAAGAGAUCGAUCUGGAGUUCUUGGGGAAUUUGACCGACGACCCUUAUACCUUGCAUACAAAUGUGUACACCCACGAGGUGGGUCAUAGAGAGCAGGAAUUCAGUCUCUGGUUCGACCCGAGGCAGGACUUCCACAAAUACACCAUUCUUUGGAAUCCUCUCAUCAUCAUUGUGUUUGUGGACGACAUCCCAGUUCGAGUGUUCAACAACAGGGAAGCCGUGGGAGUGCCGUACCCGAACACGAAGCCCAUGAAGAUCAAGGCCAGCAUUUGGAACGGCGAGAAAUGGGCCACGCGAGGCGGGCUCGUGAAAACGGACUGGAACGAGGCCCCAUUCACGGCCUCGUACAGAAACCUGGAGAUCCAGACGAUGGCGGGCUCGGUCGGGAGGAAGAACAGGCCGCAAUGGCCGCUGACCCAAGGGCUGGACAAGGCCGGGAAGAAGCUGCUGCGAUGGGUUCGGCAGACCCACAUGAUCUACAACUACUGCCACGACCCCAAGCGCCACCCCCGCGAGUGCCGCCACUUCAUUGACAUCUGAUCUGAUCGCUCCAGUCCACUGCUUCAUCGGCUGUGUGGUUUUUGUGUAAUGAAUUGACGCCUCAUUUUGGGUUGCAACGAUGUAAGAUCUCUUGUUGUUCCACUCCCAGUGUUUGGAGGAAAAAUCAUGAUGAGAAGCUAGUAAUGAUUGACUAAUACUAUAGAUGUGGACAAUGUAUAUGGUUUCAAGAAUAAGGUUGCAACAAAGACGCAGAGUUUAGUCGAGUAUUGGUUUAGUUCGAGCUAUACUCGUUAAUAAACAAAGUUGAAUUCAAGUUCAGCUCGUUUACUGAAAUCGUAGCUCAUGUUCUCUUCGGUUCAGGUCAAUUCGUUAGUUUGGUUCGAGCUCAACUCAUUUCUCAUUCUAAAUAGCCG